GCUUACUAUGGUUUCUAUUUACUAACAAAAAUACUAUUUUAGUUUUCCAAGAUUUCAAGUCUUAAUAAUGGAAAAUGUGUUACUUCCCCACCAUGAGCAACAAACUUUGUGUACAACACGCCUUCCGUACAGGCAAGGAAGAAAACUCACCGCUGUAAAGGCUUACUCCAUUACAAAGGAAUCAAAUCACCUGCUUAUAUUUGGAGUCCCAUCUCUCAACCUUCGCCAAGAAACCAAAUCAUUGUUCUUAAAAUUUGGACACCUACUACAAUUCACAAUAUCUUUAGAUCAUCCUGCUGAAUCAUUUACUGAGACAUAUCAUGCACAAUAUGACAAAGUGCAAUCUGCAAGAGUAGCUAAGAAAAUGUUAGAUACCAAGAAUUUCUAUGGUGGGUGUUUACACAUCUGCUAUGCUCCAGAACUUGAAAAUAUCUCUGAGACGAAAGAAAAAUUAGUACAACGUCAAAGGGAUGUUAUGUACCGUUUAAAAAAUCUAGAUAAAGAAGUUGCUAAGAAGCAUAUUAAAGAAGAUAUAGCUGUUGUUAAAGAGACUACAUAUAAAGUUAAUAUGGCUGAAGAAAAUAUUAUUUAUUAUGGAAACACAAAAAGAAGAAAGGUGGGAAAUAAAAAGAGUGAUGCCCCUUAUAGCAAUUCUAUGAAUUAUGAUAUCCCAAAUAACAAAAACAAGAUUAUUAGUAGCAAUAGUGUCAGCCAACCUGCUGUGAAUUUUAUUGGACCAUUAAAUAAAGAAAGAUUAAAUGAGGUGGUUCCUAAUGCUAACAACAGCAAAGACAUUGGAAAUAAUUUAAAUAACAUAGAAAAUAAAAAUGAAGAAAAUAUAGAAAUAGUAGAUUGCACAUCGGUUCAUAAUGAAACAAUUACAAAUAUUAAUGAACAUUUGAAUUAUAAAAAAUUUGGAUCAGAGAUUGUUAAAAAAAUACCUAUUAAACCUGUGAAUAAGAUAAAAUUUAAUAUUAAUAUCUAACAGUUUUGUUUCUGUCCCAGUUAAUAAUUAAAAGAAUGUUAUUUAACCUUGGGUCUGUAACACAUGCUUGGAAAUAUAUUUUUCCUAUAUGAUGAGACUUUAAAUAAGUAAUUAUCAUAUUGCCUACAAUCAAAUUUAUUUAGUUAUGUUUAUUAAACAUCUAAGAACUUAAUUAAUGGAUUCAUAAAUUCCUUUGUUUUAUUAUAUUUAGAAUAGAUAUUUGUUAAAAUGACAUUUUAAAUAAAU